AAAAACAAACAAAAAAAAAACUAUGCGACCGACUUUCUACCGGUAACCGUUUUCCACCUUUAAGUCGAUCGGGGAGCGGAUGCGAGCAGAGGUCGCCGACGAGCCUCUGACUAUUUUCUGCGCUUUGUCGGUGCCGGAGGAGCCGUGCCAAUGGAGAAAGCGACUCCGCCGCCCCAGCCCCAGCUCCAGCUGUCUAUAGCGAAGACUGAAAGUCCAGCGGAGGACAUCUCCGGCCUGACCGACGAGGAGCUGCUCAAGUGGACUAAGGAGGAUCUGGUGCGGCGGCUGAGGCGGUCCGAGGCCGAUAAGAUGAGCGUGAUUCUGGACCACGGGAAUCUCAUCCGAGAGGUCAAUCGCAGCCUCCAGUUGCAUUUGAACGAGAUCAGGGGGCUGAAGGACAUCAAUCAGAAGCUGCAGGAAGACAACCGUGAGCUGCGGGACUUGUGCUGCUUCCUGGAUGACGACCGGCAGAAAGGCAAGCGUGUAUCCAGGGAGUGGCAGCGCUUGGGACGUUACAGUGCCAGCAUCAUGCGCAAAGAGGUCACGCUAUACCUCCAGAAACUCAAGGAGCUGGAGCUUCGGCAAGAGGAGGUAAUCAAGGAGAACCUGGAGCUGAAGGAGCUCUGCCUGCUUCUGGAUGAGGAGAAGGGGGUGGUUGGUGGAGGAGGUGGUGGUGGUGGUGGAGGAAGUGGAGGGGGAGGGAACAUAGGCAUGGGAGGGUGCCGUAACUCCAUAGACAGCCAGAAUAGUUUGCUGCUGGUACCCGGUCAUGGGCUCCUGAUGAGAGACGUGGGGGACGGGAGCAGCACCUCCAGCGCAGGGAGUGCUGACAGCUCCGAUCACCCUCAUAAGCAGCCUCAUCUGGCUCCAGGGGUGGGUGGAGUUGGUAGUGGUGGGGAAAAGGGGAGCCCCGAGCUUGUGCACAAACCCAGGUGUAGCAGCAUCAGUGGAAUAGGAGGCAUAACUGGAGUAGACAGGGAGAUGUCCAGCCCUGAGCACCCUACUGGGCGCCACCGAAGUACAAGCCUGGAGUACCCCUACACGCUGCCCCAGCUCUGCCGACCCCGCUGUGGCUCCAUAUCCGUGCCUGACCACAGUCGAGUCAUGCGGGGCCUCAGCCCGGAAAAAUACGGAAGGAACGUGGGCCGACGCAGUCCGGAGCAGCACCCCAAGCACCACAGCUCUGAUCUCCUUCUGGGCCAGAGGCAGCACUUUCUGGGCCAGGGAGGUAGUGGGGAGCUCUAUCAGAGGCACCACAGGAGCAGCAUUAGCAGUAUUGGCUGUGGGAGCCCCGAGCCCCGAAUGGCACAAUUAGGGACCACUGAUCACCAUGAAAAGGGCUGCCCGGUCCAGGGGGGCAGCCCCGAAACUCAUAGGCACCAGUACAGUAUGAGCCCGGACCACGUGAAGUUUGGCAGCCCUGUGAGAGAGGGGCAGAGGAGGCCGGCUGGAGAUGAGCUGUCGCCACAUCAUCGGAGCAUCUACAAUGGCAUGAAUGCGUUGAUAUCAGCCGGCUGCUGCACCAACAACUGUAGAAAUGUCAAGCUAUGGGACAGCUUUGAUGCCUCCUCUUGACCCCAACUUGACCAGCUAGGCUCCUCAAACGGAGACGGGGUCGCAGUGGUGAAGCCCUCCUGCGUCUCUGGCCUUGAUAGACACGGGGGCCCCUGGACACCACCUUCCACGGCUCCGGAUGGUUUAUUGUCCAUGGCCUCAUCCGUGUCCAGAGCCCUGAAACAGCCUGCCUCCAUGUUUUCAUUUCUACAUAUCGAGUGUUUGAUGGAAAAGGUGGGAGUUCUGAGGGGAAUAAUAUUGAUACAGUUGAUAAAACUUGUGAAGACUGCCACAGUUAAAUGGAUUCAAGUAGAUGUCUCUCCCUGUCAACUGUGACACGGCUACCUCCUGGUGAGCACCCAGAGGAAAGGAGGGACGCCUGUGAUCGGUGAGAGAAGAUGAGGGGAGAGGACUGUGCACUGUUUGUGCCGCUGCCCUCUGUUUACAAAUGCAAAUUGGUGAAGCACAUAAAGUAAACUUUCUACACCCCGCUGUUGGUAAUUAUUUUCCCGCACACUGUCCUCUUUCUCCUGUUUCCCUCCCAUGUUUUUUCCACUCUCUCCCUCCUCUCCUUCAUCUUCAAAGUGUGUAUUGAGACUGGUGUAAUCUAAUGUUUUGUCUCUCAGUCUCCAAAUCCAGCCGAUCACGAUUGCCAUCGUCUUCAACUUUUUCAGCCAUUUCAACUGAAUUUAAAAACAAAACAAAAAACAUAUUUGUCAAAGAUGUUCUAGCAAAGAAAAAAAAAAACAACCUCUUCCUGUGUCUUAAACCAAGAUGGUCACCAUUACUAGCUGCUGACAGAUGUUCUAGUUCUAUAAGAUGCAAUGUUCAGGUGUGACUUUUCUUUUUUGUAUUAUCUUCUUUGCUCCCUUAAAGCGCCUAUAUUGAAGCUGGGGAUAAGAUUAUACGUUUCUCCAUGUUGUUUUUUACAAGGAAGUAAAGUCCAAGUAAAAAGUAGAUUAUUGGAUUAGUUUUCUAUAUAUCUAUAUAUAUAAAUAUAA